AUGCAGGAAUGUGACUUAAGAGAAUCAGACAGUAUUUUUCAUACAAAAGUUAAAGUAUUUGCUUCACUUAAUACUACAACUAGAAAUAAUGAAAAAGCUAUCAAAAAAAAUGUAAAGAGAGCUAGGAGUAAAAAGGAUGCAGUUAUUACCAGCAAUAAUGAAGAAAAUGCUAAAAGAAAUAAAAUCAAAGAUAGUGACAUCAAGGGUGGAUCAGAUACAAAUAUAUCAAUAGAUAAGUAUUACCCUAACAUUGAAAGAAUCAAAAACAUGUAUGCAUCUUUAGAACAAUUAUGCAAAAUCUGUCCUAUGGGAAGUAUUGCAUAG